AAUUUGUAUUUCUCAAUUGAUCGAAUACUCUGACUUUUUCAUCUGCAUCGAGAAACUUGAUUUUUAAAAUUCACUUUUUUCGCAAAUUAAUGGAGUACAAACGACUUUUUCUAUUUACAGUAUUAUUGGCGAUAUGUUAUUUAAUUGGCGUGACAUGGGCUGACACGGGUACGGCACCUAAUGCCACUAGCAGCCCAGCACCAAAACCCACAACAGCUACACCGCUACCAAAAGUAUUAAGCUCGGCCGUUGCUCCUUUAGCGAAUACGACAUCAGCUCCAAAAUGUGUUUGUGAUGGCGCACUUUUACCACGUCUAGGAGAAAAUGGAAAAGAGUUGGAAAUAUGUCCGGAAUGCAAGUGUAAACAUGAAGCCAGAAAUACAACAUUGAUAAAGGUGGUGGUCAUUAUUGUUAUUUGGAUAAUAUCGAUACUUGUGAUAUAUAUGCUAUUCCUCAUGUGUCUGGAUCCGCUGCUCAAUAAACGUGUCAAAGCGAACUACCAGGAGCACACAAACGAAGAUGAUGAUACCACUUCUGCUUCUCCUCCUAUGACUUCGUCGGCAAAUCAAGAACUCAAUUCAAGGGCCAAUGUUCUUAAUCGGGUGGGCCACCAACAGGAUAAGUGGAAGAGACAAGUUCGUGAACAGCGUCGCCACAUCUACGACAGACGUACAAUGCUUAAUUAAGGCAAUAACAAUGUUAGUGGCCCAUAGGUGGUGGCAAAAUAGCAUAUGUAGUAUAUACGAUAACCCAAUAACAUAUAGAGACAUAGAUGUAAAUCCAUUACCUUUUUAUUUAAAAUAUGUGUGGUUAAAACAAGACGUGUUUUCGUUAUAAGGAAAGUUUUCCUCUUUUGCGCGGGAAAAGGUUAUACCAAAUAAUAUUUAAUCUGCUCUGCAUUUUUAUUGCAAGCUUAUCCAACAUUCAAAUGAAAACACGCCUUUCACAAAUUAUUUGUUUUGACAUGUUAAAUUAAUUUUGUUUUCCGAAUAAAGCCACGAAAGUGUUGCGGAAUUACA